CAACUCAACGCGCAGCACAACCAAAUCUCGGCCAUUGUCACCGACCCUCCAUCGCAGCCAUACAAACAAAACCUCCCCCGCCGUCGCACGCCCCCCAUCGCCCAUAUCAGCCUGACCUCAAAACGGUCUUGAUGGAGCUUGCCCGGCUACUGGCCCAGUCGCGGUUGCCGUAGGAAGACGCCGCAUCUUCCACAGCUAGCGAUAGCCAGUAUGCCCGAGCAGGAGGAGAGAAAACAGCAGCUCAACGCCAUCACUGGCCCACCGAGAGACCUCACGAACGUCUCGCGAGCUGUACUGCGCAGCGAGCAGGCCAAACGAUGGACCAAGAGAUAUAGGACCGAGGUUGCAGCAAGCUCCAGCAGUCUGCUGUCGACGGUCGUCGCGUAUCCUCUCGAUUCCGUGAAGACACGCCUUCAAGCCUACAAGUUCAACUCCUUCAGCGACUGCGUGCGCCACACAUAUCAAACUGAGGGCUUGCACGGAUUCUGGCGAGGCGUUUGGUCUCCCCUAGCCAGCAUCACCCUCGUUCGAACCGUAUCCUUCUCGAUCUACCAGCGCUCCAAAUACACAAUCGAUGACUGGAUAUAUCAAGCAACCGGAAGCUCACCACUUGUCAUUGCGAACACGAAGGGUGCAUGGCCCACCUUAUCGACGAUAUCAUGCUUUGGGCUUGCAGGAGCGACUGCUGGCGCUACAAUCACAGCAAUCGCUUGUCCUUUCGAGCUGACGAAGCUGAGCGCCCAGAUCUCUGUGUUGAUGGCCGACCGCAACGAUGGUUGUAAGCAGAACGACGCGAUCCGGAAGAGCUAUCAGAACCUUGGGACAUUCAAAACAGCCCAGAACUUGGUCAGACAUCGAGGCUGGACAGGCCUGUAUUCUGGCUUCCAUUUGCACCUACUACGCGACUCGAUUGGUACGGGUAUCUACUUUGUCACGUAUGAAAGUGUGAAGCAGAUUUUGGCAAAUGCACGAGGGACUUCGCCCACACAUCCUUUGGCUGUGGUUAUAGCUGGAGGAUUGUGCGGUCUUGUCAGCUGGGCCUGUAUCUUCCCUAUCGACACCGCGAAGAGUAUUUAUCAGCGCAACUGCCUUGUCGGCGGCAAAGACAAGCAGACGAGGCCGAAGAUCCAGUUCCUCAACCCACGGAUGUAUCGAGGCUUAGGAGUCUCCAUGUCUCGCUCCUGCGUAGUCAACGCCAUUUUCUUUACUGCAUUUGAGUUUACUAAGAAGCGCAUCAACUAUAUGGAAGUCGACGAAGAGCUUCUCCGCCGACACGAUGAGGGUGUUGACUGAUUUACCAUGGACCUAGGAUCUGCAAUUUCGACUGUACAUGCAUAGGAUUUGGAGUAGGAGUGCGAACAUAGGAGCACUUGGGAGUUAUACUGGCGCAACACACGGUAUGAAAGGUAGCAUUGAUCGAGUAUUUGUUUACG